UAAAAGAGAGAAAACACGCGACAUACAUUAUGACUUUUACUGUGAAAGAACGAAACAGGAAGACGCCCUUAUCGCACACGCGCUGAACGAAAGUGGUUUCCGGUAACGGUACAGCGAGCGUAAAGAAGAUAAAUAGUUAUUGUAACAGUCCGUACAGGAUGAGGACAGGAUGACUUUAAUCUUGCUGCUUCUUUUGUGUUCUGUUUCAUCUGCAGUGAGACACUCGCUGAUAAAUUACUUCACCGGAUCUGCCGGAGCCCCAAAUGUCACACAGUUUGUGGGUGUUGCUGUGGUUGAUGGCGUUGAGGCAGUUUACUGUGACAGCAGCAACAAGAUACUGGAACCAAGACAGGACUGGGUGAAGAAAGUAUUUGAUAAUGACUCUCAGCUGUUGGAGUGGUACAAACAUGAGUGCUUUAACAUUCAGCCAAGCGCCUUCAGAGCGCGGAUUAUUAGUUUGAAACAGCAGUUCAACCAAAGUGAAGGUUUUUACAUCUUACAGACUAGAAGUGGCUGCGAAUGGGAGGAAAGCACUGGAGAGAAGUCUGGCUUUUUGAAGUAUGGCUAUAAUGGAGAAGACUUUAUUGAACUGGAUCUGAACACACUGUCGUGGGCUUCACUGAAACCAGAGGCUGAGGCUACCAAACAGAGCUGGGAUGCUGACAGGAACAGAACAAAACUAAAUAAAGUCUUCCUCACUGACAUCUGUCCAGAGCGGCUGAAAUCGUUCUUGGACCGUGGGAACAGCUCCCUGCAGAGAACAGUUCCUCCUUCAGUGUCUCUCCUCCAGAAGACUCCCUCCUCUCCAGUCAGCUGCCACGUUACAGGUUUCUACCCCGACAGAGCCGUGAUGUUCUGGAGGAAGGAUGAAGGGAAGCUUCAUGAAGGUGUGGAUCCUGGAGAGAUCCUCCCCAACGAUGAUGGGACCUUCCAGAUGAGUGCUGAUCUGAACGUUUCAGUCACACCUGAAGACUGGGGACAAUACGAGUGUGUGUUUCAGUUCUCUGAUGUGGAGAAGAUCGUUGUCACAAAACUGAAUAAAACACUGAUCAGAACAAACUGGAAGGAAAAAAUGACAAAAGAGAAGUCCUCCAACAAGGCCAUCACCGUCACCGUUGUUCUUCUUGUUUUCAUCCUCGUUGCUGUCGCUGGAUUUGCUUUUUACAAAAAGAAGAAAGAAAAACACUUUACACCUUCUGCUGUCAACAUCUGUGAACUCUCUGAGGGAAAGAAUGAAGACACCACAUAAACAAGCAGUGUGUGUACAUAAGUACAUAAGUCUACACACAUCCAGUUAACCAAGUGAAGAGCAAAGAAGAUUGUUGUGUCUUGAUGCAUGCUCAAUCAUCCAGGAAAGGAAAUCAUCUGGACGUAGCGUUUUCAGUGGGAGAAACGUUUCAUCAAUCAUGACUAUUUGCAUAAUUAUGAUCUAGACACUGACCUCACAGCCCAUUGUUCAUCAGUGGGCCAGUUUCAGUAAUUGUGCAAAUGUACUGUUUAUAAGGCUGGGGAAACCUGCAGUCAGCUGAGACCGAAGAAGGCGCUUUGAUGAGUGAUGAAACAUUUCUCCCACUGAGAAUGCUACAUCCAGAUAAACAGAAUCAAGAUAGUUUUUCUUUUUGGUCACAUGUCAUUCAGUUUUUUCUGAAAAAGAGAAACCUCAGUCUGCUCUUACUCAGGAAUUACUAAAUAAUUUCUAAACUGGAGUUUUUAUGAUCUUUAGGUGAUUAGGGGAGUGUGGUUCAGCUCAAUAAUUUGAUCUUAUAAAUGCUAAAAAUAUUUUACAAAUUUUCACAAAGACAGGCCUGAAGAUCUUCAGCACUAUCCACUAACACUAAGCUAUCUGCUCUGCAUCUUUACAUUCUUACCUGUGACACAGGAACCUUCUCUGCUAUCAAAGUAAAUGUGUGUUCAUCAGUUGUUCAUUAUAACUGUGACACCGCAAAAAUGUUACCAUGAUUGUAUGUGACACCAGUCAUAGCAGGUGUCUGUCUUUUUUGUCCCCAUUUUAUCUGUGAAGUAUUUUAUGAAGUGUUAAUUAGGAGUUGAAGAGAAUCCUUAAUAUUUCAUAUUUUAUACUUGAUCUGAGAGACCUUAUCAAAACAAGCUAAAUAAGGCACAAAUAUGCAAAUUGUUUUUGAAUCUUUUUUUUAAAUUAAUACAAUGAUCUUUACAUUUGUAAAUAAAAACAUAAGCAAAACAUAAACAUC